UACGUUGUGGGCGUAGCGGCUCCUUGUAAUGGCGACUGUGCCGUAGAUGUGCCUAGGUUUGUGAAAAUGAAGCGAAGAAGAAGUUAUUUCUUUUAAGUAAAUCGCCGAGGUUCCCGGAGGAGGACUUUGCGUCUGUGAGCAUCAUCGUUAUAAGCGCUUAACGUAACUGUACUUUGGAACUUUUGCGCCCCAGAAAUGAUGAAGCUGAAGUCAAAUCAAACCCGAACGUACGACGGGGAUGGCUACAAGAAGCGGGCCGCAUGUCUGUGCUUCAGGAGCGAGACGGAGGAGGAGGUGCUGCUGGUGAGCAGUAGUCGACAUCCUGACAAGUGGAUAGUUCCAGGAGGAGGCAUGGAGCCAGAGGAAGAGCCUAGUGUUGCAGCAGCUCGAGAAGUGUGUGAAGAGGCUGGUGUGAAGGGGACUUUAGGCCGUUUAGUUGGAGUAUUUGAGAACCAGGAGCGAAAACACAGAACAUAUGUCUUUGUUCUCAUUGUAAGAGAGGUCCUGGAGGACUGGGAGGACUCGGUCAACAUUGGGAGGAAAAGGGAAUGGUUUAAAAUAGACGAUGCCAUACAAGUGUUGCAGUGUCACAAGCCUGUGCAGGCCACCUACUUUGAGGCUCUCCAGGAGAGUUGCCUGACCAGUAAUGGAACACCUUUGGUGGCAACGAUAGGUGGGGAAGUCUCCCCUACCUACAGCAUCAAUCAGAGCUCCGUAUCGGGUAUCAGAUAACUAAAACCAUAACUCUGACACCCCCAGGAGCUUUCGCCACCACUUGCGCUCUUACUUGUGUCAUUUCUCUUCUUUUCUUUAUUUGUCUCAAAAACAUGGUUUGCCUUGCCAACUCCUUUGUGCCAGAAUUGUGGCACAGACCUGAUGACAAGUGAUGGGUGCAUAUUCUGGAACACUUUGUAAAUGUAAUUUCUGACCCCUUUUGUUUUUCUUUUUACUGACAACUGCAUGAGAUGUCCCUUGGUUCCCUAAUUCUCUAUCCUUAAGGCGCCCUUAGCGUGGUGUUUAUUGAAUGCAAGAACUACUUUUUACUGUUGUAAUGUAAAAGUGUACACAUAGUGCUUAAGCUAAAGGCUUUUGGUGGUCUUUUUAAUGUCUCCUCCAUUUUUUAGUUAAUUUUCUGUGAAUGAAUGUGGCCAUUAGUGUACUCCCUCCCCUGUUAUAUAAGGAUAGGAAAUGUUGUCUAUAUCUAAACGAAAAGAAUUGUGGGAAGUGUCUUGCAUGAGAAUUGUUUUUUCACUCGCUCGAGUGGCCUGAUGCUGACUGUACAACAUACUUGUUGUAAGGCUUAUGGAUUCUCCUCAUUUCUCUCCUUUAGUGGUUGUUGAUAUCUCUUUAAUCAGAAAAGACACAGGCCUCUGUAAUUUUUACAUUUGAAGUGUCAAGUGUGUUUCUCUCACAAGGGAAGCAAGCCAAGCACUACAAGUCACACUCUGAGCAUUUACACUGAACAGAGUGACAGAAUGUCAACACACAUCUUAAGAUCAACCACCUUUCUCCUCAGUGUCCUUAAAUCCUUUCAAUUCCCUUUCCCCCUCUUUUUUUUCUCUUAAACACUUUCUUGUGAACGAUUACAAAGUCUUCCUCCACAUACUGAGAGAGUAAAAGUAAUACAUUUCAAAAUUAUGGACUUGUUAAAAGUGCAGCACAUAUCACCUAAGUUAUUAAACCCAUGUCCUUAUUUUACUCCUCACAUUCAGUUUGGUUAAAAGCAAUUGUUUACAUUAUGUUUGUAACAUAGCACAGAUGACUUUAGUGGGCACUUUUAAUGGUCUUUUUUUUUUUUUUUUUUUUUAACCCUUCUUUAGUAUUUAAUCUGCAUCCCCAAAAACACUUGGAACACAUGCUUGACCUUGAAAGUAAUGGAAUCUAUAAUGCUGUCUUUGGCAAGAUGCAGAACAAACAAGCCUUGUACAGUUUGAGACCUCGUUUUUAACAUGUAAAAUGCUUUUGAAUACUAGUUUGUUUUUUGUUUUUUUUGUUUUCUCGCUAACGUCCGGCAAAAGUCUCUUUAAGCGAGCUGCGUCACUCAGCCUCUGUGGCGUGAGGCAGCUAGCUCAAUACUGUGAAACUAGAGGCGCUGUAGAUAGCAUGUAAGAGGUUUUUAUUGUAAAUUGUUUAUUUCUGUAUAGAUCAAAAAUGAGAGUACAAAUGACUAAACACCUAUACAUCUGUGUGCUACACAUCAUUUGAACAGAGGCUGGAAGAAGAUUAAAUUUAUGAUGCUGAAUCCUCUCAUGGCGUAGCAUAGCAUACAUCUGAGGCAAGGACAAGAACUAGGAAUGUAGCUGUGACUGUGGGUGAGAGUGAGGAGCCAGAAGUCCCCUGUCGAUUUCUUUAGAGACCAAAACUAAUUUUUAACAGUAAGGGAUUACUGUUUCCCCCCCUCUAAUCUCUGGUAAUCUGUAACAAAAUGUAACAACCCUCUGGGUUUAAAUUGAGGAACAAGCAGGCCCAGUCCCUGUGCACGUGAAAAGUGACAUCGCAAGAACUAACAUUUAUUUUGAGUCCCAUUUCUAGCAUCAGCUCCGAAGUGGGGAAAAAAAACUGCUUACCUAUGUUUUCUAGUUGACUGCUAACUCGUCUGUCUGAAGCUUUGCACUAGACGGGGUUGAUUUGUUCUGUUUUUCCAGUAGCUCAGCGGUCAGCUGUCUACUGUGGCCAAAUACUACACUGAGACCAGUGGGCGUAACCUGUAAAGUCAAGAACAUAAGUUAAAUAAAAAUUUUCCACUGUGCAAAAUAGUAAAUUUUUUGAAAUUCCAUUUUAAGCACGCACUCUUCUGAUGUGUGUGUUUGUGUCCAUAGGUAAAGUCAGUAAGGGAAGAAGAUGCAAGUUAGGUGCCCAAUGAAAAACCCAGGAUUAUGAUUUAAAAACUGAUGAGAAACCUUCAGUGGGAAAAAGGUUCCAGUGGCGAGGAGCAGAACCCACCCUCUGAAAUGGGCCAGAAACAUCUGUACUGUGACAGUAAAGCUGCUGGUUAGUGACGAAUGUCUGUCGCUGUCGUUUCCCUGUUCAUGAAUUGAGGAAUCACGCGUGAUAAUCCAGGACUUGAGUCUCCUUACGACAGCUUGAGACUUUGAACUGGUUUUACUGCUGCGUAAUAGAAAGGUGUGGAGGACAGAGUCACUUGUGUUUUGAUUAAACCGUUCAACAACUAAAUGUGCAUUUAGCUGUUUUUGGCGAUGGUUGAAUUCACUGUCAUGGCCUGUUGUGGGUGACAGGUUCUGUCAAAAUGAAUGUGAGGAGGAUAUCGACAAGUGACAGCCAGUGACAUAAUUAUGAAUAACCACUUGUUCUUUAUCCAUAUUUAGAUUUCUGUUGAAUUUCUUGUAUUCACAAGCUAAUGUCUUGUAUAUACAGUAACUAACAGCACCCUUACAGUCACACUUUGGUCAAUUAGGUCUCCAGUUCAAUCUACAUAAACUCAAACUUGAUGCACUUGCUGCUGUAUAUGAGGCAAAUAUCUCUACAUUAAUUCCAGGUAUGUGGAGCUGCGGUUAAGCACAUGCUGAUCCUUUCACCCUGGACAUUUGUUGUUGUAAUUGGCUCUGUUCUACAGCAUUAAAGCUUCUUGUCUAUUAGUGGGCCCCAUCUGGUGGCCAGAGCAAAAACAUAAAAAACAGAUGUUCAGCCUCUUGCAGCACAGCAGUCAAACCAUAUCAUUAAAUGUGUGACUGCAAUAUCCUACAUUUUUGAAAGAAACAUUUCCCUCAAACACCUGGAAUUGAAUGAACUGAGCAUGUUCACUCAUCAGUGGCCUCGGCCCUGAAGCUACAGACGCAUUGUAAUUGUGUUCUCCGAGCUCUGUCACUGGAAUUUGUCUUUUCCUCUCUGUUGUCAUUUGAGACUGUGGAUUAAAACCAGUGUGAGAAGACUGAAGAUUGUAAUAUAAAUGUGCCAACAAAUAAACACCAGUAUUUCACA